CAUAUGCUGUGUAGACACCGCGGAGGGAUACAAGCUCAACUCAAGCACCAUCAAGGACUCCAUUGCUGAUCACAGUGUGUAUCUUGUCGGCCGCCCCUUCAUUUUGCGCGCUCUUAAUAUCAACCAAAAAAGUAUUUUUUCCUAUUCGUGGAUUGUGCAGUGCUUGCUAAGUGGCUAAAAAUUCUUGCAAGUUAAAGUGUUUAACUUCCAUUUACUAAGGAACUUUUCAAUCAUUCGUCAUGGCCGAUCAACUUACAGAGGAACAAAUCGCAGAGUUUAAGGAAGCAUUUUCCCUUUUUGAUAAGGAUGGUGAUGGCACAAUAACAACAAAAGAACUAGGUACUGUUAUGCGUUCUCUCGGACAAAAUCCAACAGAAGCCGAAUUGCAAGAUAUGAUAAAUGAAGUCGAUGCAGAUGGUAAUGGUACUAUAGAUUUCCCAGAAUUUCUGACGAUGAUGGCGCGAAAAAUGAAGGACACAGAUAGUGAAGAAGAGAUUAGAGAGGCUUUUAGAGUUUUUGAUAAAGAUGGAAAUGGAUUUAUAUCAGCUGCGGAAUUAAGACAUGUUAUGACAAAUCUUGGGGAGAAGCUUACUGAUGAAGAAGUUGACGAGAUGAUUCGAGAAGCAGAUAUUGACGGAGACGGACAAGUUAAUUAUGAAGAAUUCGUUACGAUGAUGACAUCAAAGUGAAUACAACUUUCUUGCUGUUUAUUCUCGCGUUUUGGAGUGAUGUUGAUAUAUUAAGCAACAAUAAAAUGACUGUAAGACAAGUGAAAACUCGUAUCAGAAUGUAAAGUAAUGUCGUACGCGAGAUAUCAGUGCACCGUACGUCUUGUAUUAAUCAGCGUUAAUGAUAAGUAACCUGAGUGGUUAAUUAUUAAAAAAAAAAAAAAAAAAAAAGAAAAAAAAAAGAAAAGAUUUGCCAUCGACCAUUUCUUCAACAUGUGUAUUUAUCUCUGCGUGCGCGUGUACACAUACAAACAAAUAAACACAUAUAUACACAUAAACACUAUGCGCGCGAAAAAAAAACUCGUUAGAAUAAAUUCUCUUACUUUCGCAACUAAGUAUGUGCACGUACGUGAUUAGCGCGCGAAUAAUGGAUUUCAGGUUUACACUCCUUUUUUAGUGUAUAUCAGAUUCAAAUUUGAGAAUGACAGAUUCUCUCUGCGCAGAAAAUACUAAGCCUAGCAACGCCUAUUAUAGCGAAUGUUUGUCCACCUUUUUCAUGGUAAUUCCAUGUCAGGAAUCGAUUAGAGAGUCUAACCAAAGAAAAUUUAUUGCUACAUUCAAUCUUGUUCACUACUGUCAUUAGUUCCUAUAAAAAGCAUACUUUCUUAAGAUAUAUACUUGUAUAAUUUCACAAUAAUUAUUCUCUUUUUCAAAGUUCAGCUUCAAUGAUUAUGAUGAUGAUGAUGCUUUUUUAUGCGUGGCUUACCAAAUUUAGGAUUCUUGCAUUACAGUUGAUUUUUUUUGUUCAAUCAAUUAAUAAGGAUCUUACCUCUCUGAGUAUGAAUGUUUUGGUACGAUUGUCUAUUUGAUGAUUUUUCCUAAACUUAUAAUUAGUAAAAAUAUGUAGUGUUUCUUAAUUUAAUUUGUAUAAGUACUGUGCAACAAAGUGUAUAAAAAUCUUUUUCUGGGAUAUUAUAAAAACCUUUAAAGAGGUACAUACAGCA